AUUCACUCGACUGCGGACAAACAAUGCGAUUCUUCUUAGCAGGCAUUCCCUCGAGAACAAAGCAAUCAAUCCCCUAUUGAAAUGCGUUGUUUCAACGGCUGCAUAUUGUUAGGGAAGCAUUGGAUACAACGGGUUAAAAGGGACCAACACUCGAACUACAAGCGCUCCGAAUCCUCGAAAGUCGAAGUCGACGAGAAAUUGGGACAGUUUUCCUAUUCAACCGUGCCACUUCGCAUCUACCACGAUAACUUCGGACUGGACAUUCAAGGUGAUGGCAUCCCCACGAAAUCCUCCAAAACCAUUCGAGUUCUUAGAAUAUUUCCGACGAGAGGGUUGAAUGGCUUACUAGAAUGCCAUAUUCGCAGUGUCGAAUUAAACGAGACUCAAACUGUGAAUUACGAUGCUCUAUCAUACACGUGGGGACCUACGACUCAGCAUGAGGUCAAGAUUGGCAUGAAUGCUGAAAGGCAUCAUGCCAUAAUCUGUAACGGCAAAGAGUUGUCAAUAACAAGAAACUUACUAAAUUGUCUGAUGCAACUCAGGGAAAGUGGGCAUUAUCGAGAUCUUUGGGUCGACGCAAUAUGUAUCAAUCAAGACGAUAAGGACGAGCGUGGCGAACAAGUCAGUAUAAUGGCGGAUGUGUACCGCUUGGCCGAACGUGUGAUUGUAUGGUUAGGUGCAGCCGAUGACUCUACACCAUUAGCAGAUGAACUAAUAGGGCGUUUGGACGAUUUAUCGAAUGAAGACUUGCGCUCUAUCAACCCCCAAGCAUGCGAAAACAAUCACAACACCGAUCUAUUAGGUCAUACAAACUCUCAUGAACAUUGGAUGGCACUCGUUUCGCUUUUCGAGAGGACGUGGUUCACUCGGGCUUGGGUGGUUCAAGAACUUGUUCUAGCUCAAGAAACCACUGUUUUGUGCGGCAAUUACGAGUUCGACUGGAAGACGAUGGUUUCUAUCUCAAAAUUCAUGGCUGAGCGAACGUCUGCCAACACGUAUAAAUCACAAAGUUCAUUCAAGAAGCCCGCGAAAUUGGCUGAAAUCAAAAGAGACAUCCUCAAUGGAACCGGAGACGUCUUACUUCGCAGUCUAAUUAGGUGUCGCACCUACGAAGCAUCAGACGACCAUGACAAGGUGUAUUCGCUCAUUGGCCUCGCAGGACCUAGGAACGAAAACAACCCCAUGCUAUACCCCGAAUAUGACUGCAGUGUUUCGGAGGUCUAUACAAAGGUUACCGAGUAUCUUCUCGCAGUCUCGAACGACUUGCACGUCCUCGCGCAUGCCGAAGGUGACGAGUUUCGACACGUCAGUGGUUUGCCGUCCUGGGUGCCUGAUUGGAGUGUGAAAAAGGACCUCGGCCUCAGAAUCACCGGGUAUACUAGGUAUGAAGCUGCUGGCAAGCUAUCGUGCUUCAGAGAGAUUCGUGAUAACUACGUCCUUGUGUUACGGGGUUUUGAAUUCGACACGAUCAGUCGAGUCGGGGAGUCGAAAGAAAAUGUCAACGAAACAAAGGACUGCAGUGAUUGGUUGGACCUUCUAGGAGAGCUUGAGCGAGACUACCCAGAUAAGGGCCACAAAGAUGCGUUCUGGAGAACUCAACUCUUAGAUACUGGCCCCCGUGGCAAGGUGCCGAUUGAAAAGCCUUGGGAUAAAUCUUUCGAAGUUUGGAUGGGACUUUGCUCACACGAACCAUCAAAGGAGGAGAUGGAUAUGGCCCACGAGUUUGAGACCUCGUUUACCCAUUCUCUAAAUCUCCGUCUCUUCAGGACAAGUGGCGGGCACUUGGGGUGUGGCACACUUUCCUGCAAGAAAGGGGACUUGGUUUGGAUUGUUCAGGGGUCAAGAGUACCCUUAAUCCUCAGACCUACGCUUUCUAAGCAAGAGGGGCAGACGACCUAUAAUCUUGUUGGUGGGACGUAUCUCCAUGGGUUCAUGCAAGGCGAGGCGCUGGAAGGCAGGAAAUCUACGGAGAUCCUUUUGGUUUAGAUAUUGUUGUUCUUUUAUGAUUUUAAGAUGUUAUGACUUGACGGACAUAUGGGUAUGACGGAUAUAUGGAUACCUGGUAUAGGAGUCAGGAAAAUCGGAUUUGGGGAAUCGUCGCUUCGAUACCAACGGUGGGAAUUGGGACCUGGGGUAUGCUAUACCAAUAACAGUGUGUUUUGGUUUAUGCCAUUUAUACAGAGAUCUCUGAGAGAUCUAAUGUUUAACUAUUUGAAAAUUAUUUUAUUUCCUUGGAUGGACGGAGGAAUUAAGGGGUAUGCAUCAUAACUACCUCCUGUACUAUGACAAUAAAGCCCACGUAUUCGC